AUGUCUAUCAAAUCUAAACUUGGUAAUUUAAUACGUUUAACGAGUAAUACUGAAGAUCAUGAGCAAGCUUGUACGCUACCAUCAACCAAAGUUGCAUACAUUCUUUCUGUUGAUAUUGGUACAUCAUCAAUACGUGCUUAUUUAUUUUCGAAAGCAUUCGAAAUCAUUUGCUCGAGUCAACGACAACAAACAAUUCAUUGUCCUGAAGCACAUGCUUUUGAACUUGACCCUGCGGAAUUCUGGUCAACGCUUCUCUUUGUUAUACACAACACGAUUGAAUCUGCACGUCCAUUGACAGUUGAUGAUAUAGCGUGUUUAGGCAUAUCGACGUUAAGAAAUUCAGUCAUAUUAUGGGAUCGCAAAACGGGCGAAACAUAUUCCAAUAUUAUUUUGUGGAAUGACACAAGAUCAACUCUGCAAACUAUGGCGACAAAUUCAUCGUUCACAUGGAAAACUAUACGUCAUGUAUCGAAACUAAUUUAUCCAUUUAUCCAAACAGCUCGUUUAUCAACAUUGUCUAAUCUUGAAUUUCGCACGCAAAUGAUCGCAUUUAAAUUAUUGUGGUUGUUUGAAAGAAAACCUCAUUUAGCGAAAUAUGCACGUCAAAAUCGCUUGUUAUUUGGUUGCAUUGAAACAUGGAUUAUAUGGAAGUUGACUGGUGGGCAAGAACAUCUAACCGAUGUAUCAUGUGCAAGUUCAACUGGACUUUACGAUCCAUUUCAAUCGGAAUGGUCCGCGUUGCUUUGUAAAAAUUUAGGCAUUCAAAUGAAAUUAUUACCAACAAUUAAACCAACUUAUGGACAAUUUGGAAAAUGUGAUCCAGCAAUCUUCGGUCGUGCUAUUCCAAUAACGGCUGUUAUUGGUGAUGUACAAGCAAGUAUGUUUGGUCAAUGUGUUUGUCAUCUUGGUGAAUCCAUAAUUACAUUAGGUACUGGUGCUUUUGUUAAUAUUUUAACCGGCCGAGUUAGUGCUUGCACUGAUGGUAUUUAUCCUCUCGUUGCCUAUUCGGAUCUUUCAAACCCAUUGGAAAAUGUUCAUUUUCUUCAUGCAUACCAUAGUAGUUGUGCAAAUAUUCUUAAUUGGGCUCGACAAGCUGGCUUUUUUAAUGAUUUUUCAGAAAUAAAUCAACUAUCAACAGACACUAAAAUUGCUCAUGUAUUCUUUCUUCCGGCAUUCGAUGGUCAUAUUAAUGAUCCCUAUUGUGGAUCUGGUUUCAUUGGUAUUGAUGGUCAAACGACGCGUGAUGAUUUACUUCGAUCGAUACUUGAAUCCAUUGCAUUUAUUGCCUAUGAAUUGUUUGUAUUUCUAAAGCAUGAUUUUGAUAAAUAUCAAGGCGAAGAGAAUUUUCGGUUUUUACGUUUAGCUGGCGGAGUAUCAAAAUGUGAUUUUAUUUGCCAAACAAUAGCUAACUUGACAAAACUGUCUAUUCAACGUUGCUAUGCAUUUGAUUAUGCAUCGGGUAUUGGAGCGGCAUUUCUAGCUGCAUAUGGCUGUGGAUUAAUUGAUGAUUAUGAACAAUUUGAAAAAAUUAUUACUGUAGAAAAAACAUUUCAACCAGUUCAAUGUGACAUAGCAGAACAAAAUUUUAAACAAUGGAAAUCAAUUAUUCCACGAUUUGAUAUGACUAGUUGCACAUAUUUAUCGCCUGGCGUUCGAGAAUUAUUGUUAAGCGCAUCAGCAGUCGCAACUUCUGAAAAGAGUGAAAACGAUCAAUUAUCGAUCGAUAAAAUUCGGCAAUGUUUGAGUGUCGGAGAUACGGGUAUUGAUUAUCUAGAGUCCGUUCGUCGAUUGGAUGUGAAAAUAUUGCCUCAAAUCGAACAAAUGUUUAACCGUAUGACUAUUGAAGAAUUCCGAUCGACUUAUGACAAUGAUCAUUAUUGUGGAUGGUUGAAAAAUAGAAAAGAUUUAUUUCGAAUAUUUAAUUUUUUAAAAAGCGAUGAAAUUCAUUUAGCUACACUUCUUUUAACUUGUUUUACCGAACGAAAUCUCGGCAAUUUGCUUUUACUACAAAUCAAUACUGUACCAAAUCUCCUAAGACAAAUAGUUGAAUCGCCAAAUCUUUGUUCUAUUCUUGGUUCAGAUUUAACGCUACUCUUUCAAUUACUAAUUGGUAGUCCGAAAUCGAUUAAUUUACGUAAUGUCUAUUGGCAUGGUUUUAUUCAAUAUAAUGAAAUCUCACCGAAAUUUACUUAUCUUCUUUUGUAUCUUAUGUCAUGCAUAGGAUCUAUUCUUAAUGGAAAAGUUAUACCUGAACGACAAUUUAUUUCCCUUGAUCGUUUCAUAAAUCAUACUUUUCUUCCUACAGAUAUGUGUUGUCCAAAUGCAGAUCGAGCGAUUGAAUUAAUUCAAAAUAGUCAUUUAAUAGAUAAUGGCUACAAGCGAUUAUUAAUGUCAAGCAUUGAUUAUUUCUUUAAUCGAAAUGAAUACGGUUUGAGUAUGAUGAUUCUAUUACCUGUAUUCGAGCACGUGCUACGAAAAUUAUUUGUUAAUGCUAAUAAUUGUCCAGAACGAUUAUUAACGGCUGAGGCAACAACAUUAUAUACGACGUUAGAUGAAAUAUUAAUUUGUUGUUUGCCUGAUGGCUCACCGAAUCGACUGUGUGAUGAACUUGGCCGAGGUUAUAUGAGUCUUCUAGGCGAUCUAAUUACAUUUCCUGACGGUGCUUGUCUUCGAUCUAAAUUAAGUCAUGGUGAAAUUGAUUAUGAAUCUCUACCACGAUCAGUUGCCAAUGCUCAAUUGGGCCUUUUAUUUGCAUUGCUCUAUCGUUAUGAUAAAUAUAAAUUGGAUAAAUAUGGGCAAUAUCUUCUGGAUUAUAUCAAUGACUACAAAGUUUAUUAUCAUCCAAUUGCUAUUGCUAGAAAUCAAAUGCGCCAGUGUGUUGCUGAGUUUAAACAAAUGCUGGAAUGUCCUAAAUCAAUCGACGAAGUAGAAACAGAGAAACCUGAUUUUUCAAUUCAAUUAACUAAUUUUUGGCGAGCGUUUAUGCCUCCUGAUAAUCUAUCUUUAUUUGAUAAUAUAUCAUUGGCAACAAUUGACGCGCUAUUAAAUGAAGAAAAUAUAAAUCUCAUCAAUCGAUAUUGUACUUGCAAAUUAACAACAACUGGCUAUAAUGAAUCUUCAUUAAUAAUAAUCAUUCGUCAAUUGUGUACACACAUCCAUCAAGUAUUAAUUAAUAUCGAUACGUUUAUAAAAACGCGAGGACAAGCUUAUCAUUCUAAACAACUACGCUCAAAUCAGCGUAGUAAUUUUGAACGUUUUAUUAACGUACAUGAUAAUAUUCGUCAAUCACUUUUAUUUAUUUUUCAUCUUAACGCAAGUAUUCUUUUCUCAUUGGAUAAUAUUCGUUGUAUAGAUCUAAAAUAUUCUUCAUUGCUCAUGAAAAUUCUACGAAUUUGGUUAACAUUUGUUGAAAAUACAGUUACAUUAUCUAAUAUAACACGAAAUCGAUGGGACGAAAUAGCAAAUUUAUGCUCGACAUCGAUCGAUAAAUCAACAAAAAUCAUACUCAAAUUGUGA